AUCCGAGAGGAAAGAAACGAAGGAAGCUGCAGGAAGCAUGACCCUUGCAUGAACGGCGGCCGGUGCUACACGGGAGAGCAGGGCCCCCUCUGUGACUGUUCCCUCGUCGACUACGAAGGUCCCUACUGUGAGAAAGAACGUCAGGUGGAGGAGAUCACCUUCAGGGGCCGUGAGUACCUUUGGUGGGACCUACGCAGGACUGGUGGUCAGCCCCUCGCAUCUCAGAGUGACCAGCUCUCCUUCUCCUUCAAGACCAGACAUCCUGCAGGCGUCCUCUUCUUCUCCGGUGAUGGUAAGGACUACAUCAACAUGGCUCUUCGUGAGGGAGGUGUUCUGGUGACCCUUGACAUGGGUGGUGACCCUCUUAAGGUCACCGUCAGACCCGACAACGUCCGCUUCGAUGACAACCAAUGGCACACCGUUAGCGUCCACAGGGCCGUCAAAGAGAUUAACGGACACACCAGUUUCUGUUCGCUGUCAGUGUCGGUGGACGGGCUGCACACGAGGAAGGGCACCACGGCUGGCCCCUUCUCCCAGCUGAGCUCCUCUCGUCUCCACCUGGGGGGCGCCGACGUGCCAGCCCUUCUCCCCGGUGCUGAGACCAGGUCUAACUUCGUCGGCUGUAUGAGGAAGGUAGAGUACCGUGCAGACAGCGUGAGGUUGGAUGUUAUAAGGACAGCUCGUCAAGGCAGCCCGCUCCUCCACGUCAAGGGCAAGGUGGACUACAUGUGUCUUGAGGUGGAGGCUGGCGACCCUGUCUCCUUCACCACCCAGGAAUCCUACUUGGACGGGCCGGAGAAUGGCGUGGUUAAGUUCACGCGACCCGACACCGCGCUGGUGCUGCCUUCAUGGGAAGCUGCACGCCAAGGUUCAGUCAGCUUCAAGAUGCGCACUACCGAGCACAAUGGUCUGAUCAUGUUCAGCUCAGGCUUUGUGGCUGCCCAGGGUGACUUCUUUGCCUUGGAGUUGCUGGAGGGUCACCUGUACCUGCACUUGAACCUUGGUUCAGGAUCACGCCGGGUCAAGGCCACAAACCGAAGGGUAGACGAUGGCUGGUGGCAUGAGGUUACAUUGAACCGAGAUGCCCAGGCUGGCAGAAUCACAGUUGAUGAAGGUGCUAAUGACUUCACUACACCAGGAGAAUCUCAUCGCUUGGAUCUCGAUGGUGCCCUGUAUGUUGGUGGUGUGAGCAAAGGCGUGGUUGUGCCACCUGAACUCUGGACUGGAAGGCUAGGCUUAGGCUAUGUGGGCUGCCUUAGAGAUUUGGUCAUCAAUGGACUCCCAGCAGACCUUGCAUCAUAUGCCAAGAAACAAGAUUCAGGUUCUAUUGUCAGUUUCUGCCAUAGUGAUGGAGGGUCAUGCUCAUCAUCACCCUGUAUGCAUGGGGGUACCUGCACUGAAGGUUGGGGCCGUUUCAUCUGUGACUGUUCCCACACAGCCUUUGUUGGUCCCACCUGUGGCAAGGAUGCAGCAACUCUCAGCUUUGAUGGUACACAGUAUGUGCGAAUGUUUUCUGACCAAGAAUCCAACACCCAGGCAGAAGAUAUUACCUUCAGGUUCCGCACUGAUCGACCCGUAGGGCUCCUCUUCGGUACAACCUCCAUUCAGUCCUCAGACAAGCUUGAGCUUGCUCUUCAGGCUGGAAAACUUAGACUCACAGUCAAACUUGGAGACAGAGACAAGGUGGUGCAUGCUGGCAAUGGUCUGAAUGACCAGCAGUGGCACUCUGUUCGUCUUACUCGGCGAGCUACUCAGAUCUCACUGCAGGUUGACAAAGAGACACCUACUCUUGAUCACACAAUGGGCCGUCAUAGUAUCCUCCAAUACCGUGAUAUUCAUAUUGGAAUGGUCAGCAAUGAUUCCACUACCAAUUGGAGACCACAUUCCUCUCCUGCUUCUGCCUCAGCAGCAUCUACAUUAUCCUCAAUGACUUCUGAUUCUGCAUCUACCAACCAGGGUUCCAUACCUCCUUUCAUAGGACAGAUACAGAGUUUCUACAUCAAUGGAAAUUACAUAUUUGAAAUGGCACGUGCUGGACAUUUGAACAGGAUGAAGGUGACAGCUGAGUUUGGAAGGGGAACCCAGGUGGUCCACCACCCAGUCACCUUCAAGUCUACAGCAGCAUAUGUAGCUCUUCCACAACUGAAGGCCUAUGCUUCUACCAACAUUUACUUCCAGUUCAAGACCCUCCAGCCAGCAGGCCUCCUUAUGUACAAUGGAGGAAAGGGUCAUGAUUUUAUUGCCUUGGAACUUAUCAAUGGUCAUGUCCACCUCAACUUUAACCUGGGAGACCGACCAGUAAGAGUACGGGACAACAACAAGAUGGCUCUCAAUGACAACAAAUGGCACGUGGUAACUGUAAGUCGUCCCUCAUCACUCCAACAUACACUGAUGGUUGAUGACAACAUUGCCACUGUCACUAAUGGUGGUGGUAGUGACAACUUGGACCUUCAGGGUUUCCUCUACUUAGGUGGAGUUCCCCCGGAGAUGUACACAAGGCUCCCUCGACAUGUUGUGUCACGAUCUGGCUUUGAAGGUUGCAUGGCCUCACUUGACCUUAAUGGUGAAGCCCCAGACCCUGCCGGAAAGGAUGUUCCUAUCAUGGCCAAUCAUGUGUACCCUGGCUGUGAAGGUCCCAGUACUAAGUGUCAUAGAAAUGCCUGUGCCAAUGGUGGAAAUUGCAUUCAGCAGUGGAAUUCUUACUCCUGCAACUGUGACAUGACUUCCUUUACGGGCCCUACGUGUUCUGAUGAGUCAACUUCAUAUGAGUUUGGUCGUGGGACUGGUCUCCUGACCUUCCAGUAUCCUGAUGGUCGCUGGCCGGACUCUCAAAGAGACUUAUUGGCCCUUGGGUUUAUGACCAAUCAGGAGGAUGCUGUGGUCCUACGUCUGGACUCUGCCAACUCCAAUGACUAUAUGGAAUUGGAAAUUGUUGAGGGGAACAUAUUUGUGGUGUACAAUAUGGGCACGGAGGAUCAUCCCAUUGGUGAAGCUAUGUCGAAAGUCAAUGAUGGAUUGUACCACGUGGUUCGUUUCAUCCGUUCUGGCCCAAAUGCUACUGUCCAGAUUGAUGAUUAUGAAGUUCGUGAAAAGAAUCCCUCAGAGAAUGUUGAGCAUUCUGACCACAAAGUGUUGAAGAGCCUCAGAUCUAGGAGCUGGCAUGGUCACCAACUGUCCGUGUUCAAUGCUCAGGCACAGUUGCAAGUUGGUGGACGUAGAGCCAAAAGGUCUGCAUCAAUUGAGAGGCCCUUCCAGGGUUUAAUGUCUGGAUUGGUGUUGAAUGGUGAGCGUCCCUUAGACUUGGCAGCUGAGCGGGAUCCCAGAAUAAAUGUCCGGGGAGAUGUUCACCUCGUGAUGAGUCUCCCCCGUGCCCUCCCUGACCAGGUCGCUUCUGCUGAAUUUAACCCUUGGCAACAGACACCUUCACAACCAGGUCCAUCACCAGGGGAAGGGGAUGACCUAGUGUUCAGUGGUGCUGGGUCUGGCUGUGACAUGGAUGAUGAAGACGAGUGCAUACCGGUGUUUGACACAGGCUCAGGUGAUGAUCUCAUUACACCUGUGUACAUCCCACCAACACUUCCACCUGUGACCAAGCCCUCCCCAAGGCCGAACAUACCAAGUCAGGAAGGUGGUGUGGGUGUUCGCCCAUGUGAUGAUGAAGAGGACUGUUACAUUGGAUCAGGCUCAGGAGAAUUCAACACCGAAUAUGGUGUGAUGACUGAUUCAGAUAACGGUGAUGACAGAGACCUUGAAUUUCAAGCAACUCACCAUCCAAUGCUUGCUCCAGAUGUCAUUCACUCUGAAGAGCACGACCAAUCUACUACUGACUUGGGGCAACCUAAGAGGGAUCCUGGCUCUGGACCUACUACCACAACAACAACAUCGACCACUACAACCACUACCCAGACCCCAAGAACAAAACAACGACCACGGACCACAACCACCACUCCAGCUGGUGCUCCUCCUCCCCGACAACAGCCACCUUAUACAUCAGAUUAUGACUAUGGUGAUUACAUCUUCCCGAAUGUGAUCCCCACUGACACUCGUGACAAGUCACGUGUUAUAGAGGAUCCCCUCGACCAGAUUCAUAGUGAUGUAGCCGGAAGUGUUGCCCUCUUCAUCAGUAUCAUUGCAGGAGCUCUCAUCAUUAUUAUACUUAUUGUAUUGCUUGUACUUAAAUUUAAGGGACGUCAGGAUGGCGCUUAUAAAGUUGAUGAGAGUAAAAACUAUGAAGGUAUCCCUACCAUGCCAACCCCCAUGAUCAAUGGUCAAGGGAACGGCGCUAUAAAGCCUGGGGACCGAAGGCCUGUAAAGAAACAAAGUAAGGAUGUCAAAGAGUGGUAUGUGUGAGUAUUAGGCAUUUAUAUUGAAGAAUUAUAUAAUGUAAAGUCUCAAAAUUACGACUGUGAUCUCUAUUCUUUUGCAAUACCUCUACAGUGAUAGAAAUAUAUGCUCCCUUUCAUUCUGUGUUAAUAUAUUAGUUUAUGAAUAUACGUCUAUCAAUCCUUAUUCAGUCAUAAAGAAGAAUAGCUUUGAGAAUGUUUUCUACUUGGAAACUAUUGUAAGUUAACACUUCAGAGACUGAAAUUUGGUUUCCAGAAAUUAUGUUGUAGAUUAAGUCUUGCAGUGAUGUUUGAAUACCAGUGCCCUUGAAUGUUGCUGCUUCUAUAAGAUUCCAUUUUUUGUAAGUAUCUACGGUAGUGAGUGAAGAUGCAUAGUCUAGUUAAAAGUGUGAAAAGUAGUGUAAGUGUAUGAUUGAAAGUUGGACUGAUUGAGGGUCAAUUUGCCCGUUUUUCUCUGAAGGGUUGAUUUAAUUUACAUUUUCUUUGAACUUACACGUGCAGUCGUGGUUGCAAACGUCCAUUGUAGAGCAAGAGUAUUGUUAGUCGUCAAGCUUUACACUGCUGUCACAACUUCUGUGAUCCAGAGGUUGUGACACAUUUAUUAAAAACUUUCCUAAACAAAGCUCUUUAAAUAGAGAAGACUGUUAUCAAGAUGAUGUACAAUACUAAGCCCUACGAACACUUAAGAACAUUGCUUUGCAAACAUGCGAACAUGGUCAGUGCUUUUCCUCUUCAUAUCUAGCCCUAAUAUUAUAGCACAAAGAGCAAAAGUUGUCACAACACUAGAUUGGUUUAGAGCCAUGGUGUGCAUGCCUUUGUGUUGAUAUGUUUAUACUGUACAUGUAUUGCAGAUCGGCCCAAUUUCUCUUCUGUCAGAGUUCUGGUAUAGCUGAUGUAAGCCUCUCCUGUGACAUGGAUACUUGGUGAGAGUAGCUCUGUCAGCUAGUAUCAGAGUCUGGUGUCCUGUGCCUGUUUCCUGUGAGGUGGAGUAUAGACUACCUACCUGGAAAUGGUAUUCAGAGCAAUCGGUUGGUAAUUAACAAUCUGGGGGUCUUAUAUUUCCAUUUGUUCUCAAAUUUUCUAGAAAUCUUGCUCUGAAUACUACUACCCCAUCUAAACUAUUAAGCAUUAUGAUGACAUUGGUCUGUGUAGUCCACAAAUUAUAGAAGACACUGAGGUAAGGAAAGUGGGUCCUCUAAGAAAGCAAGAUAUAUUUAUGUAAUUGAGAAGUUAUAUGGUUUUGGUUAGAUUAUGAAGUUUAUUGUUAGAUGUAGUAUCAAGUUGGUGACCUGUAGGACAUUAUUUCUACAUUGAUAAACAAAUUUAUACAUUAUUAAUCCUGAACUGUGUCUUAUCAUAUACUAGUCUCAAGACUCCUCAUUCUCCUCUUUGGGUUAAACUUCAUUUUACGAGUACAGUACGUACAUACCCGGUAGUACCUCAAUUUAGAGAAAUGUCACAAGUGUGACAUAUUGAUUUCUGUAGUCUCAGGAUCAAGUACAGUAUUUAAUUAACUAAAAACUAUCAUCCUUUACAGUCUUCAUUAAAUUAGUAAGUUGGCAACCCUUGGUGUGAAGAGUUAGCUUAGUCUGGGGCCUUGACUUGUUAAAUGACAGCUCAGUGCACACCAAACAAUGCUUCAUCAAUCCUACUUAGCCCUGGGACCAGCCUCUUAUCUCUUAUUAUUUUGGAAGUCCAGAAUGCUACUGAACCAAAUUUUUUUCUUCUAAAACUUUAAUCAUGUGGUAUAGCCAAAAUUGCUAGUAAAGUGUCCUUGUAACCAUUGAUCCAAAAUUUGUCUUACACACUACUCUUGUCACUUUUAGUUUAAUUAAUACUGUCACUGUGUUAAAGAGCUUGGAGACAGAUAAUCAAAAGACAGACAGCGUGGCAUGUGGAAGAAAUAUUCUGAAACCCUAGCAAUGUAUUCACUGACAUUAAUAUUAUGCCAAGGUCUUGAUGGUUAUACUGUACUGAUAUAUUUACUUUACAUUUUAGACAUUGUGCUGUUCACUGAUAAUUAUUUGAAUAUGCUAGUAAGAAAGCAAAUUAUUAAUGCUUUCAGUUAAGGUGGGUUCCAUGUAUGUGAUAAGUAGUUGGCUGGAAUAUAAGUGUUUAUUGGACUUAAUCUUCUCUUUGCACCCUUGUCACUGGCUAUUGUCAUUAUUAUGGAUUUUCUGGUAAAGAUAAUAGAUUUCAAUAUGACUUUAACAGGCCAUCACCAUGGGAAAAGAUAAUGGUGUUUAACAGGACAUUAUGAAUGAACUACUCGUUUGGUAUUUUUUCGUUUCUUAUAAUGAGAAUAAAUUUCAUCCUUGAUGAUGAUCUCAGGUUUGACAAAAUUUCAGUCCACUAAUACCCUUUCUCAUGGCUGAUAAUUACACACUAAUAUGUAACCUUGAUAAUGUCAUGAAAAGAGAUCAUGGCCAGUAUAUUUAGUUCUAUAUUAGAUUGAAAGGUCACUAAUUGUAUAUUACAAUUACACCACAGACUUUCUCAGUUUAUUUUGUAUCUACAGUAUUGAACAAAAUUCUAAAUUCUGUAUACAGGAAUUAACAGUCAGUCAUGGAAAUUACUGUAGUAUUCCACAUUAAAAUUGAACUGCCUAAUGCUUGUUCUUGGUUUAAAUAUUCUGUUAUGAGUUAAUAAGUUCUCUUGUGAUUGUCUGUUAAAAACCAGCACAUUCUAUCACUAAUUAGCUGUAGCUACACAUGACCAUCAUAGUGUAUCAGUGUACUGGACAGUGUUUCAGAGUCAUAAUAUGGGUACAUAAAUCUGCAAAAUUCUUACUGAUUUUUGAAAGUAUCUUAUUAUAUAAUUACAAUACGUACUAACACUUAAGUGAGGGACAAUUUACAUACCAAUGGAUUUUAGAAUCUUUCAUGUGAACACUGUAAGAUCUUUAUAUCACAGAGUGCUUGAGAUCCUAUUAUGCAGCUUCUGAACCACAUGUAAACUACCUCUGGAGGGCUCCAUGACAGCAGUACAUGUCUAGAGAAAACGUAUGUGGGUCACCUUCCUCCAGUUCCUCAGUGGCUCCUACUCCACCUCACCAAAUCCUCCUUACUAUAUAUUUCUCACCUAAUACUCGUCCAGUGCCCUGGGCGUCAUUGUGUUAGCUGUUGGUUGCAAAGCACUGUUUGAAAACUUUGCACUAAUUGCUUUAAUAUAUGUGAAGGUUAAAGCUGUUGUCUAUUGUGAAAGGUAGGAUAACAUUGUAUUUGUUAUGAGUCAAAUCACUCAUUAAGGUUAGGAAACAUGUUGCGAUAUUAAAAGUACCGUAAGAAAUAUCAUAUCUUGCAGGACUUUGUUGCGUGUUGACAUAUUUGUAUAUCUUCAUUUCCCAACACCCCUAAAAAUACUCCUAAAUCUGAUUUUUGUUAAUUGGUACAUCAUUAUUGUUUAAUAAAAACGAAAGUUACGUGUAAAUAGUUCUAACAUUAAAUAUGUUAGAUAUAA